CUCCCGCUCCCUGUCUCUCUCGCUCUCUCCGUGACCGUGUGCAAACUAUUUCCACAGUACUAUAAAUAAGGCUGCAGAGUAGAUAGUCUCACACCAAAGGCGUGGCAGUGUGCAGGUGGACUCCAUCUCAACUCUAUUCUAGCUGGACUUUUCUCCUCCGAGGAACUAAAUCACCGCAAACAUGCCUAAAUGCCCAAAGUGCGAUAAGGAAGUGUACUUCGCGGAGAGAGUGUCAUCGCUUGGCAAAGACUGGCAUAGACCGUGUCUGAAGUGUGAGAAAUGCAACAAGACCCUGUCGGCUGGCUCACAUGCAGAGCAUGAGGGGAAGCCCUAUUGUAACAACCCAUGCUACGCUGCACUCUUUGGACCUAAAGGUUUUGGACGUGGUGGCACUGAAAGCCACACAUUCAAAUAGGCAAUUGCACAGGCUUUUCUCACUCCAUAAGCUUGUUUUUAGUUUUUUGCCACUAUUUUUAUCCACAUAUUGUUAAACCAAAGACAAAAUGACCAAGCCAUGCCAUUUUUUAGAAAGUACUAAUUUGUGUAAUCAGGUUGUUUUUUUUUAAAAGGUUGUCUGCUAGAGCAGCACACAAUGAUGUUUUAGUGGGGGUACUAGUCAUAGACCCGUUUAUAAUUAAACUGAACAUUAUACAUUAAAUGUAUGUUUUAAACCUC